AUGGAUGACGUGUUUAAAACGUCAAACCAAAAAUUAAACUUUUGGGAAAACAAGAUUUGUAAUGAUUGUUGUGUAUGUUUUUGGAUUUCCUUUUCUUUUCCUCAAUGUUCGCCAAAAAUUGAGAUUCUUUAUUUUCUGAUUACAGGCGAGGUGAUUGGACAACGUUUUCUAGGAAACGAAAGCCACGUGGAACACUUCAAGUUACUCGAACGUGUGUCAACUUCCAUAUUGAUCGGGGCGAGAAAUGCCAUUUACAACAUAAGCCUCCAUGAUCUCACGGAAAUCAUCGAUCAGAGGUUCCAAUGGUCAAGCAGUUACGCGCACAAAGAAUUAUGCAACUUGAAGGGUCGUAGCGAUGACGAGUGUCAAAAUUAUUUGCGAGUUUUCGGUAGGCAAAGCCCAAAUAAGUUCCUCGUUUGCGGUACCAACGCUUACAAGCCGUUAUGCAGGCAAUUCACGAUCAAGGUGAGUUUAUUUACUUGUUUAUUUUAUCUCAAUAUAUGCGAUAUAAGUUGUUUUAAGAUUCAAAUUUAUCGAUCAAAUUUUUGA